AUGCAAAGAUUAGCGGUGAAUUAUAAUUUGUGUAGAGGUUUUUUCACAGGUUCUGCUUUAGCGAAAUCAGCAUGUUCUAUUGUAAAACCAGUCCAUCAUUUGGUGAAAAUUGAUAAGGCCAAGUUAUCUCCUAGAUUUCCAGAAUUGAAUUUUAAUAAAAAUGAUAUCAGAUCUCCCGCUUUUAAACCAGUAGCAGUUUGUCAAGACAGAGGCCAGGAACAUUAUUUGAACACGUUACAAAGUGACUUAUUGUUAAUGACUUACUCUCAUGGAAAGAAAAAAAUUGAAGGUUUGAAAAGAAGACCAUGGGAUGGCACAUCUCCAUACCAUUUGAAUAGAAGAACCAAGAAUCCCAAAGGUUCUAAAUCUCAGUUACCUGAUGUUAAUCCAAUAGAUUGGAAAAAUAUACCAAAUAUUGAAAGCGUUGUGUUGAACUGUUACGUUUCUCAAGCGAAAGAAAAUCCUCUUUUAGCGAUCUCUGCAAGCUUACAAUUGCAACAAAUCACUGGAGUAAAACCAAUCCCACUAUAUUCAAGAACUGAUGUUCCUUCCUGGAAGGUCAGGAAAGGUAACCAUAUGGGUGCUAAGGUGGAAUUAAAGGGUCGCCCAAUGACCCAAUUUUUGUUAACUUUGUCAGAAAUUGUAUUACCAAGAAUAAGAGAAUACAAAGGUAUCAGUAAUACAUCCGGAAAUAAAUUUGGUAGUAUAUCUUUUGGUUUAACACCAAGUGAUGUAAGAUUCUUCCCAGAAAUCGAUAGCAAUCAAGAUUUAUGGCCUGUAUCAUUUGGUAUGCAUAUUAACAUUAAUACAUCUGCACAGACCGAUGCUCAAGCAAGAACUUUAAUCAGCGGGUUCCAAAUUCCAUUCAAUGGUUCUAAAAAUCAAGAAUUUUAA